CUCAGUUCCAAUGGCUCGUACGAAGCUGCUGGGUAAUCUGGGCACGGCAGAAAAACACAGAUGAGCUCUGUGACCCUUCUGCAGGGAAGACCUCAUCCUGACACAGUGGACCCCGGGAGCGCUCAUGAAGAUCAAUGCGAAGCAACGAGACCGCCUCACCAGGCACCACGCUGCUGUCCAUGCUGCUGUCCAUGCUGCUGUUCAUGCUGCUGUUCAUGCUGCUGUCCAUGCUGCUGUCUACGCUGCUGUCCAUGCUGCUGUCUACGCUGCAGUCCAUGCUGCUGUCUACGCUGCUGUCUACGCUGCACUUAUUACUGCGCUCCCCUGGACGCACUGUGCCGUGUCCAGUAUGUCAGCGUGUCAGCGUGUCAGCGUGUCCACAUCAUGCGUGAAGCUGCGGACGCUCGGUGCUCGGAUGCGGACGAGCGAGCAUUCCGCUGCACGUCGUUGAUGAGCGCCCGCACGCGUCACGACUCACGACGUCUAGGCCUGUCCUCAGCCUCCCGUAAUCCGAUGCUAGCGCUCCACACGAUCCCGUGAGAGCGCGCCGCUGGACUUGCGACCAGGCCAAGCAUUCUGAAUCCAACCCCACUCUAUCAACAACGCGUCGCGCGUCGGUGCAAGCCAGCCGACGCCCGCCAUGAAGCGGCACAACUCGUCCAACAACAAGAGUAUCCUGCACUUCUUCAAGAGGGUCCCGCGCACUUCGCAGGAGACAUCUCCAGGUACUGCUGCACCAUGCCCU